GGGAGGAGGCGAGUGACGAGACGUCGGCACGCACGCACGCGUCUCCCACCUCUCCACGAUCCAAAAUCCAACUCCACCAGAGACAGAGAGCCGAGAUCCAAAAUCCAGUCCCUCGCCGCCCCCCACCCUACCGAUCCGAUCCGGCCGCCGCCUCCUCCUCGAUCCAGCGCGCCGCGCCGGGAUCCGAACCCUAGACCUCCCUCUCGCCCCUCUCCCGGGAGGGAUCGGCGCCGGGCGGAUGGGGUCCGACUCCGACGACGCCGACUUCUUCGACAAGCUCGUCGACGACGACGACGACGACGCCAAAGCGCCCCCCGCCGCCGCUGCCUCCGCCCAUGGCCCCGCUGCCGCCGACGAGGCCGCCGCGGACCUCGCGGCCCUCACCCUGUCCGACGGCGACGACGAGGACGGUGCCGGCGGCACGGGAGGGGCGCCGGAGUCCAUGGCCCCUCAGGACGCGGCUGAAGCCCCGACAGACGCCGCGGAUCCUCCACCCCCCCCUCCUCAGACAGAGGCUGAAGUCCCGGCGGCGCCCCGUGGCGCUGAGGUCCUGCCCGGGGCCCCUGAUGCCGGGGUUCUGCCCGCGGCCCCUGAUGACGAGGUUCCGGCUGGGCUACCCGAGGUGAAGGCGGUGGCCGCCGCUGACCCCGAGGGCAGGUCGCCAGGGUCGGGGUCCGGGUCAGGCUCCUCCAAGGGCGUCCGUACCACGGUCAAGCAGGUGCAGUGGAGCCUCUUCGGCGCCGACAUCAGCAGCAGCGCUGAGCCGGAUCCGUUCAGCGACCUCCUGGCGGACGGCGCCGGCGACGCAUUUCUCGGAGCGCAGGUUUCAGGUUUCGGUGCCAGCAGUGUCGGAGCCGUGGAUCACAGCUUCUACAAUGGAGCGGGCAGCAGCAAUGCCAGUUCCCAGCUGGGCUGGGGGACUGGUUCCGGGGAAUUCCUGGCGGAUGGCGGUGUUGGUGAAGACGCCUUUUUCGGAGUGCAGGGUUCAGCUGUAGGGACUGCUGGUAGCGUUGGGGCGGCGGAUCAUAGUUUCUUCAAUGGAGUGGACAGCAAUGCCAAUUCACAGUCGUAUAUGGGUGCUGGUGUCGUGGAGUCUGCGGAUCAUCAGAACACCAGUGCGCAGUCUGACUGGACCGCCGGGGCUGUGGACCCCUCGGAUCCCUACCCUGGCUGGAAGUGGGACGUGGCAACAGGGCAGUGGUAUCAAGUGGAUGCUAUCGGUGCUCAAGGCUUUGCUGAUAAUGGCGGUGCUGUAGCGGCCUUCGGGAGCGAAAAUGUUCAGCAGCAGCAGCAGCACCUCGGUGUUUCGUACCUGCAGAACUCUUCACAGGCAGGGUUGGAGACCAUCACGGAGGAGGGCAGCGCCGCUGCCGCCAGCUGGGGCCAGGAUCAGAGCAGCGCAGCCGCAGCGGAGUACCCACCAAACAUGCUCUUCUAUGCUGAGUACCCUGAACAUUACUAUGACACCAACACUCAGCAGUGGUUCACGCUCGAGUCAUAUCAGCAAAGUGUCUUGCAAGCUGCAACUCCGCCAUCAGCAGUAGAUGCAUUUGCUGGGGCAGGUCACAGUGUAGCUCAUACUGGGAAUACUCAGGCAAGUAGUUUUAAUCAGCAGAACCAAUGGCAGCAUGGUUCGGUAGCCAACAGCAUGCAGCCUUAUACCGAGAAUCAGAUUAGUCAGCCGGCGUAUACUGAGCCUUUGAAGCCCUCUACAAAUUAUGGAGCUGCUAUCAACACAUUCGUGCCUAAUAUCAACACAUUCGUGCCUUCUACAAGUCAAUACAGUGGUAGUGGCGAGGGCCACCAGGUUAGUAACAAGGUUUUCCAACCUACCAGUUAUCAGAGUGCUGCUCACAAGGGUUUUGAACCGUAUAAAAACAAUCAAAGUGCUAUCAACACAUUUUUGCCUUCCACAAGUCAAUACAAUAGUAGUGGUGAGGGCUACCAGGUUAGUAACAAGGGUUUCCAACCUACCAGUUACCAGACUGCUGCUCAUAAGGGUUUUGAACCACAUAAAAACAAUCAAAAUGCUAUCAACACAUUUUUGCCUUCUACAAGCCAAUACAGUGGUGGUGGUGAGGCCCACCAGGUUAGUAACAAGGGUUUCGAACCUACUAGCCAUCAGAGUGCUCACAAGGGUUUUGAACCGUAUAAGAUCAAUCAAAGUACUUCUGCUAGCCAUGACAGUGGGUCCAGGGGAUUUGAGCCUUCACAAGGUCACCAGGGGUUUAAACCUUUCACAAAUAACCAGAGAAGCACAGGAUUUGUACCUUCUACAAGUCACCAGAUUGCCCACAAGGAAUUAGAACCUCCGAAAGAUAAUCAAGCUCACCAUGUAGCACACCAAUCUUCAUCAGGCCAUGGUUAUGACUAUCCGAAUGGCUUUGUUGAGCCACAAAAAGGUGUUCCUGUAACAAGCAUGUACCAGAUGCAAACACAGACUGAUCCUGCCACACACAUGCAUUUACCAAAUAACUAUGUGAGCAAUGAGAACUCCAUGAGCUUUCCUCAGCAGCUAGCUCCAUCUCAACAACUCGGCUACUCCCACCACGAGGAGAGGUCGUCAGCUGGACACCCACCACAUUCGCUGGUUGCGUUUGGAUUUGGUGGGAAGCUUGUAGUUAUGAAAGAGACCAGCUCGAUGACUACAAACUUUGACAGUGGAAAUCAGGGCAAUUCUCGAGGCACACUGUCAAUUCUUAAUAUAUCGGAGGUUGUUGCUGAUAAAAUUGAUCAACAAGGCAUCCCUAAUGGCAGUGCACUUAGCUACUUCUAUGCUUUGUGUCGUCGACCUAUUCCUGGCCCCCUUGCCGGAGGAAGUGCUGCAGCAAAGGACCUGAAUAAAUGGCUUGAUGAUAUUAUCGGAGGCUACGAGUCUUCUGUCAGCGAUUUCCAAGGAGGGGAUGUUCAGAAGCUGCUUAUAUCGUUGCUGAAAAUAUCAUAUCAACACUAUGGAAAACUCCGUUCACCCUUUGGGCCCGAUCCAUCGCGUGAGGGUAUGGAUGGCCCAGACACUGCAGUAACAGCGCUUUUUUCAUCAUGUAGUAGUAAUAGUGCCCGUAUGAGAGACCAUUGCAUGAAAAAUAUCCCCUCAGAAAAGCAGAUACAGGCUACUGCUCAAGAAGUUCAAAAUCUUUUAGUUUCUGGUAAAAGGAAAGAUGCGCUUCAGUAUGCGCAGGAAGGUCAGCUUUGGGGACCUGCACUGAUCCUUGCUUUACAACUUGGUGAUCAGUUUUAUGCGGAUACUGUGAAGAAAAUGGCUUACUGUCAUUUCAAAUCUGGAUCACCUUUGAGGACAUUGUGCCUUCUUAUCGCUGGACAACCAGCAGAUGUUUUUAAGCCUGAGAACCCUGUCGAUGCCAAUUAUGCCACUUUACAUACGCAGCAACAGCCUGCAGAGGGUACUCCUGUGGGCAUGCUGAAUGACUGGCAACAAAAUUUGGCAAUUAUAACUGCAAACAGGACAAAAGCAGAUGAGCUUGUAAUCACUCACCUCGGGGAUUGCCUUUGGAAAGAGAGAAAUGAGGUUGCAGCUGCUCAUUCAUGCUAUUUAGUUGCUGAGCUAAAUAUCGAUCCAUACUCUGAAAGUGCAAGAAUGUGUUUACUCGGAGCAGACCAUCUGAGAUGUCCUCGCACAUUUACCAGCCCUGAAGCUAUACAGAGAACAGAGUUGUAUGAAUAUGCGAAAGCCCUUGGAAAUUCUCAGUAUAUCCUCCUGCCAUUUCAACCAUAUAAGCUGAUAUAUGCAUACAUGCUUGCGGAGGUUGGGAAGGUCUCUGAUUCACUAAAGUACUGUCAAGCAUCUUUGAAGCUCCUGAAAUCCUCCGGCCGUGCGCCUGAACUAGAAGCAUGGAAGCAAUUGUUUUCAUCUCUGGAGGAGCGGAUACGCACCCACCAGCAGGGUGGUUAUGGCACAAAUCUUGCUCCUGCAAAGCUUGUUGGAAAGAUUUUCUCAACAUUUGAUAAAUCUUUGUCCCGCAUGAUGGGUACACAACCCGCACCAAUGCCGCCAUUGUCACAGGGCUCUUCUGGUGACAGAGAUUUCUAUCCUGUUCCUCAAGUUACAAAUCCUGCUCCUCCGGUUACAAACUUUGUAAAUAGUCAGUCACCGAUGCCUAUGUCAUCUUCUACUUCGGAGCAGUUUAUGAGUGAAAUAGCAGAAAAUAGCGACCCUGACAAGAAAGGCGCACAUAGCAGAAGUGUCUCUGCACCAGACUUAAAGAAAAAACAGGGUGGUGGAUCAGAUAAUGCACAAAGCACAUCAGGUUCAGGCAGUUCGCGAUUCGGAUGGUUGCUGCAGAAAACAGUGGGACUUGUUUCGAAAUCUUCCAACCAGGCCAAGUUGGGGGAAGAGAACAGUUUCUACUAUGAUGAGAACCUGAAGCGGUGGGUGGAGCGAGGUGCUGCGAUCCCUGCUGCCGUGGAGCCUCCUCUUGCCCCACCUCCGACAAAAGCCUCGUUCCAGAACGGCGUUCCAGAUCACAACACCUCGACUGGCCCCCCCAGCGGCGGAGGUUAUACUCCUAAUGGAUUUUCAGAAGCGAAGCCUCCAAAUCCUUCCGAGCCGGUUUCAGGGAUGCCACCGAUGCCACCUAGCCAGAAUCAGUUCUCAGCACGCGGGAGGGCGGGUGUUAGAUCAAGAUACGUCGACACAUUCAACAAGGGUGGUGGUGGAAACUCCUUCGGAGGGCCAUCAUACAACAGACCGGCCAUGCCAUCGGUGAACAAGCUGCCCGCCGCCAGUUUCUUCGUCCCAACUCCAGCCGCAGAUGCUUCAUUGCAGCCGACCGAGCCAACAGCCGACGCGCACAGCGAAACCGCAAACCAGGACGGGCCAUCGUCCUCACCGGCAGUUGAGUCCUCAUUCUACGCCUCCCCGCCACCCCCAAUGCAAAUGCAAACAGGCAUGCAGCGGCACCCGAGCAUGGACAACAUCAUGACCCCCUCUGGCAGCGGCAACGGCUCCUUCUCGAAGUCACGGGCAGCAUCAUGGAGCGGGACAUACUCGGAGCAGAUGAGCAGCACCGCCGCCUCGAGAUCGCCGGACGGGCAGACCAUGCAGUCCCCGCCAAUGAUGCCCGGUGUGAGACCUUCCCACAGCCGCUCCCACAGCAACUCGUCCCUUAAUCGGUUCAACAGCGGUGGUGGGUUCGGGGAGGAUCUCCAGGAGGUGGAGCUCUGAUACUCGAAACAAGGUUAUGGAGAAAAGCGCGAGCGAGCGAGCGAGGCCGCCAGAUUUUUCUUUCUUCUUGCUGAUAGUUCGUUCUGUAUUUAAUAUCCAUGAUAUAUAUGUCGCUAGAAAGGUACAAAAAAAAAAGGAGAGGAGCGGCGUCCCUUUUUUCUUUUUUUGCAUGGGAAGCGUGCGGACGCCAUUGUACAUGAUAGUUGUUCAACCAUCAUCUCAAGCCAGAUGUUGGAGAGAAGCAAUAAAUGAGUAACCAGGGAGGAGAGGAGACUUGUAGCAGUAACUUGUUAAGAUAGCAAGAAAGAAGCAUGCACAAACUAGGUACAUUUUAGAGCCUUUGAUUCAUCUCAUCAUCAUUAUGUAACUUGAGACUUUGGAUUUCAUAAUUGGUCGCGGAUGCUGGGUAAGCUCAAUGUCAGUGCUGUUCUGUCAA